CCCGGGGCUGCCCGCGUCAUCGCCGGAGGGCGGGGCCCGGGGCGGCGCUCGGGGGUCACGGCGGCUGGAGCUGCGCCCUCCGCGGCUCGGCGCCCGCCCGCCCGGCCUCUGCCCGCUCACCGCAUCCCCGCUCUGCGCUUCCUUCCCUGCCGCGUCCGCGCGCAAAGAUGGCAACCGACGGGCUGCACGAGAACGAGACGCUGGCGUCGCUGAAAAGCGAGGCCGAGAGCCUCAAGGGCAAGCUGGAGGAGGAGCGGGCCAAGCUGCACGACGUGGAGCUGCACCAGGUGGCAGAGCGCGUGGAGGCCCUGGGUCAGUUUGUCAUGAAGACCAGAAGGACCCUCAAAGGCCACGGGAACAAAGUUCUCUGCAUGGACUGGUGCAAAGAUAAAAGGAGGAUUGUGAGCUCCUCACAGGACGGGAAGGUGAUCGUGUGGGACUCCUUCACCACCAACAAGGAGCACGCGGUCACUAUGCCCUGCACGUGGGUGAUGGCAUGUGCUUAUGCCCCGUCGGGAUGUGCCAUAGCUUGCGGUGGUUUGGAUAACAAGUGCUCUGUGUAUCCGUUGACAUUUGACAAAAAUGAAAACAUGGCUGCCAAAAAGAAGUCUGUAGCUAUGCAUACCAACUACCUGUCAGCCUGCAGCUUUACCAACUCUGACAUGCAGAUCCUGACAGCCAGUGGAGAUGGAACAUGCGCCUUAUGGGAUGUGGAGAGUGGGCAGCUGCUGCAGAGCUUCCAUGGACAUGGGGCUGAUGUCCUGUGCUUGGAUUUGGCCCCCUCAGAAACCGGAAACACCUUUGUGUCUGGGGGAUGCGACAAGAAAGCCAUGGUGUGGGACAUGCGCUCUGGCCAAUGUGUGCAGGCCUUUGAAACACACGAAUCUGACAUCAACAGUGUCCGGUACUACCCCAGUGGAGAUGCCUUUGCUUCAGGCUCAGAUGAUGCUACGUGUCGCCUCUAUGACCUCCGGGCAGACAGGGAGGUCGCCAUCUAUUCCAAAGAGAGUAUCAUAUUCGGAGCAUCCAGUGUGGACUUCUCCCUCAGUGGUCGCCUGCUCUUUGCUGGAUACAACGAUUAUACCAUCAACGUCUGGGAUGUUCUCAAAGGCUCCCGAGUCUCCAUCCUGUUUGGGCACGAAAACCGAGUCAGUACUCUGCGAGUGUCCCCCGAUGGCACCGCUUUCUGCUCAGGAUCGUGGGAUCAUACCCUGAGAGUCUGGGCAUAAUCGUCUUCUCACAGUGCACACAUACGUACCUGAGGAUGGAAUGUGAAAUCUUCACCUGUAAAUAGAUAGGCCUUCUAGAAGAGCUUAGGGUUUCUUGCAGUUUAGCUUAAGGGAUCAGCUGCGUAGCUCAAAGCUCACUAAGCAUCUCCAGCAUCACUGCUAAAACCACCACCCCUGGAAAUAAAUUCUCGUGAGUCUUCAGCACUACAGGAAUACUUUGAAGAACAGUAUUUUUCAUUUUGAACACCUUAUAAAGUUCAUCCAUUCUUAAGAUUAUUCUAAAUAACAUACUAUAAGGUUAUUCUAAAUAACUCAUUCUGUUGCCCAUAGAAUCCAGCAUUCGAAUAUUUCAUACUACUUCCUUGAAUCAAAUUCAUUUUCAGAACACUUGAAAUUCUGCUUUUUCUUAGUGUGCACUGUGACUUUUGGAACUUGCUCUACAAGUUAAGGAGGACUGUGUUAAUUGGCCUGUGACAGAAGAAAAUUCCAAUUCCAAAUGUAAUUAGAAAAAAAACACUUUUUUAAAAUGCGUUUUUUAUUGUAAAAUUAUCUUUUUUUUUUUGGUCUCCUGUCAUUUUCUUUGAGAUAAAACAUUUUUGUCCAGGUAGACAGUUAUAAAUGAAGCAGGAAUAUGCAUAAAACAAAUAGGAUGUUUGA